AUGCCUCCACUACGGUUCCUGUGCCUCCAUGGCGGCGGUACGAAUGCAGAUAUAUUUCGUGCUCAAAUAGGCGCUCUCAUGAGUCAGCUCACUGAAGACCAGGUGGUCGAGACCUAUUUCUCCGAGGGAACUGUCGAUUCCCCUCCUGGUCCUGGCAUAGAAGGUUUCUUCGAAGGUCCAUAUUUUUUAUGGUAUAAUUGGCCACCCCGGGUCGGUAGUGAGGUGGAUAGCAUAUCGAUUACCGACGCCUAUCAUGCCCUCUAUGAGGUAGUUGAGGACGAGGGACCGUUUGAUGGCGUGCUGGGCUUCUCUCAAGGAGGUUCUCUGGCACACGCCUUCCAGGUUCAGCAUUUGAUCCAUCAUCCCCUUAAAGAACCUCUGUUUCGAUGUGCGAUCUAUCUUAACUCGCCCAUGCCAUUGUUUGUAGAUGAUGAUGGUAGUGUUGUGUAUGACAUGUCGGUGGUUGGAAGCCCACUGAAGGUGCCUUCCUUGCAUGUAGUAAGCGAACGUGACCCAAAUUAUGCGCAUUGCACGAGGCUAUGUGACUGCUAUGAUCCGGCAUAUGCAUCCGUGAUCCGACAUGCCUAUGGCCAUGCCAUACCAAAAGACACGAGGACAGUUACAGUCGUGGGGAAGGAAAUUCGCGAACUCGCACAGCGAAUCUUGUUCCACUCUGAAUAA